UUGGCGUUUCUCCUGUCAAGAAGACUUUGCCGGCAAAAUGGCGGAGUUACACGUGUAUUUUAUUUCAGCUCUGGUUUUGUCUUGCUGUUUACAAAUUUUAGCGGGGAGGGAUUUUUAUACCAUCUUGGGCGUCCCUCGAGACGCAAGCAAGAAUCAGGUGAAGCGAGCGUACAGAAAGUUAGCGAUGAAAUGGCACCCGGAUAAGAACAAGGACGAUCCUAAAGCUCAAGAAAGAUUUCAAGAUUUGAGUGCUGCAUACGAGGUUUUAGCUGAUGAUGAGAAAAGAAAAGUAUAUGACAGACAUGGUGAAGAAGGACUCAAGAACAUGCACCAGGGUGGUGGUGGCGAUCCUUUUGAUCCAUUUUCAAGUUUCUUUGGAGGGUUUGGAUUUAAUUUUGAAUCAGGGCAUUCACAUCAUAGAGAGGUUCCUCGUGGUAGUGAUAUUCAAAUGGAUCUAGAGGUCACAUUAGAAGAACUUUAUAAUGGAAAUUUCAUAGAGGUGCUACGCUUCAAACCAGUUGCUGAGACAGUUCCUGGCACAAGACAAUGCAACUGUCGGCAAGAAAUGAGAACAACACAGUUGGGUCCAGGCAGAUUUCAGAUGUCGCCUGUUGAUGUCUGUGAUGAGUGUCCUGCAGUCAAUUAUGUAACAAAGGAAAAACUUUUGGAGGUUGAAGUAGAACCUGGAAUGAGAGACGGGCAAGAAUAUCCAUUUAUCGCGGAGGGUGAACCACACAUUGACGGUGAACCUGGUGAUUUGAAGUUCAUUAUCAAAGAAUUGCGGCACGAGAGGUUUCGUAGAAGAGGAGAUGACCUUUAUACAAAUGUGACUGUAGCUUUAGUUGAUGCCUUAAAUGGAUUUGAAAUGGAUAUAGAUCACCUGGAUGGGCACAAGGUUCAUAUAGUGCGGGAAAAAAUCACUUGGCCAGGAGCCCGCAUAAAAAAGAAAGAGGAGGGAAUGCCAAAUUAUGACAACAAUCAUGUUAAAGGAGAUCUUUAUAUUACAUUUGAUGUUGAAUUUCCCCGAGGUGGCCUAUCAGAUAGUGAAAAAGAUGCUCUAAAAAAUAUCUUGAAGCAAGAGUCCCAACAGAAAGCUUACAAUGGACUCUAGUUAAUCAUUUAAAGAUAUUUCAAUUGUCUUUCAAUUUAGGUAGUGUAAUGUAUUUUCCAGUUCUCUGAUACCUUAUAAAGAAGCUUUUAAAUGUAAAAAAAUAUAAAAUUUUCAUUCCAAUGUCACCUGGAAUUUGACAGGAUAGCAGUGAUGCACAAGAAGGUGACAAGUUUGUUCGGCUCUUUUCUUUUUGUGGUUUUAGCUUCACUCAUUUGUGAUAUCCUGCAUACCUCAUAAACUAACCUUCCCAUGAACAGUUUCAGUGGAGAAAAUUCUUCCAUGUACUACAAGUAAACCACAUAAAAUUAAUAAUGUUUGAGGCACAUGCGAUGUCUGCAUUUACAAGUAACUGGAGAUGCUUGUUGUAGCUUGAGGUCUCCAUAUUUGGCUGAUAGUUGUUGAGCUGACUAUCAAAGUUGAUAGAACGCUGGGGUGACUGUAGGGUUUUGCUAUUCACCUGACUCUUUUGCAAAAGAUGGCAAGAUCAGCUACCUACACUAACAACAACAAUGUCUACUGAGCACUUCAACACUCUGUGACAACCCCAAGUAUUAAGUCAAUAUAAACCUGAUGUGACCAAAUUACUCACAAGCCAGUGGCUGGUUCAUUAAAAGUAAACAUUGAAGGCACACACACAUACAUUCAAAAACAAAUCAAGGACACAAUCUAGUCCUUCAGUCGAUCAAUGUCAAACAUUUGCAGUGCCAAUUACAUUGAGAUUACCAUUAGUCAGCAACUGGAUAAUGUUAGGAGUGUUUAGUUUGUUGGACAUUUACAGAAGUUUAUUGAAAUGUUUUUAUGGGACAAAUUAUUUGCAAAAUUUGGACAUACAUGGGUGGGUACUGCUGCUGCGGCCCAAGAAAAGCACUGACAGCACCUGCCUUGUGAUACCUGUAAAUAAAGACAAAUUUUAGAGGGAAAGCAUGUUUGAAAAUAACUCAUUUCUACUCUCAGUGCUGGUGUUCAGUUGUGAAAACAGUAAUAAAAAUAUUUGCUGGCACUUUGCCCCCA